AUGGCUUCGAGCGGGUCGGGCAGCACCAACACCAUCAAGGUUGUUGCCAGAUUCCGGCCCCAGAACAAAGUCGAACUUGCCAGUGGAGGGGAGCCCAUUGUUGAGUUCGAAAGUGACGACACAUGCAAAAUCAAUUCAAAAGAGGCCGCGGGGGCCUUCACGUUCGACCGUGUUUUUGGAAUGGACUCCAAACAACAGGACGUCUUUGAUUUCUCCAUCCGCUCCACCGUCGACGACAUCUUGAAUGGCUAUAAUGGAACCGUCUUCGCCUAUGGACAAACUGGUGCCGGAAAAUCCUACACGAUGAUGGGUUCGGAUAUCGACGAUGAAGUAGGCAAGGGCAUUAUCCCGCGUAUCGUGGAACAGAUGUUUGCGAGCAUCCUUGCUAGCCCGGGAAACAUCGAGUAUACCGUUCGCGUAAGCUAUAUGGAAAUCUAUAUGGAGCGCAUUAGGGAUCUGCUGGUGCCACAUAACGACAACCUCCCCAUCCACGAAGAGAAGUCGCGUGGUGUUUACGUCAAAGGCCUGUUGGAAAUUUACGUCUCUAGCGUGCAGGAGGUCUACGAAGUCAUGCGCAGGGGUGAUGCGGCAAGGGCCGUAGCUGCAACCAAUAUGAACCAGGAGUCUUCGCGGUCCCAUUCGAUUUUCGUCAUCACUAUCACGCAGAAGAACGUGGAAACGGGCUCUGCGAAGAGCGGCCAGCUAUUCCUCGUCGAUCUUGCAGGUAGUGAAAAGGUUGGUAAAACAGGCGCCAGCGGCCAGACGCUGGAGGAAGCCAAGAAGAUCAACAAAAGUUUGAGCGCGCUAGGGAUGGUCAUCAAUUCACUGACGGAUGGCAAAUCGACACAUAUCCCUUACCGCGACUCGAAGCUUACGCGGAUCCUGCAGGAGAGUUUGGGUGGUAACUCGCGGACGACUUUGAUUAUCAACUGUUCCCCAAGCAGCUACAACGAUGCUGAAACGAUAAGCACGCUCCGUUUCGGAGUACGGGCCAAAGCAAUUAAGAACAAGGCAAAGAUUAACGCGGAGUUAAGUCCCACAGAGCUUAAAAUGCUGCUUAAAAAAGCCCAGGCCCAGGUUGUCACUUUUGAAACUUAUAUUAAUGCGCUUGAGUCGGAGGUACACAUCUGGCGGACUGGGGAGACAGUACCGAGGGAACGGUGGACUCCUGCUAGAUCCUCUGAUGGGCUUAGCAACAUGAGGGCCGAACUGCGGGGGACUCCUCGGCCGGGGACGCCGUCUCGCCUACAAAUGGAUGUCUCAAGAUCAGAGACGCCCAGCAGGCCUGAUUCAAGGAUUGGCGAACGCUCCAGCACGCCUAGCAUCCUGCUUGAGAAAGACGAGCGGGAAGAAUUCUUACGACGGGAGAAUGAACUGCAGGAUCAAAUUGCAGAGAAGGAGACGCAUAUUGCCAACACUGAAAAAGAUCUUAUAGAGAAGAAGGAGGAGUUAAAAUUCCUUAAGGAAAAUACGAUCCGGACGGGUAAAGACAAUGAGAAACUUAAUGCCGAGGUCAACGAACUGCGGAUGCAGCUGGAGAAGGUCUCAUAUGAAAGCAAGGAGGCGUCAAUUACCAUGGACACGCUGAAGGAGGCCAACGCUGAACUCACAGCAGAACUCGACGAACUGAAACAACAACUUCUCGAUGUUAGAAUGAGCGCCAGGGAAACCAGCGCUGCUUUGGAUGAAAAGGAUAAGAAAAAGGCCGAGCGCAUGGCGAAAAUGAUGGCUGGGUUCGAUCUGGGAAUGAACGUGUUCUCUGACAAUGAGCGCAAGAUCCAGAAUCUUGUAAACCGGGUGGAAGCGCUGCAGGCAUCCAACGCUGCCGGGGAUCCGAUUGCAGCCGACGACCUGGCUGAGUUUAGGGCGAGUCUUAUUGAGGCUCAAGGAUUCGUUCACCAGGCGGAGUUGACAGUGAAUAACCGAAGCGCCUACCAAGAAUUACCGGACAACAAACGGGUGGAGCUUGAGGAUCGUAUCGCAGGUCUUCAAAGGCGAUAUGAGGAGGUGCUCGAGAACGGGCUGAGCAAAGAAGACGUGGAAGAGAUCAAGACUCGUCUGAGUCAGGCGUAUGAGGACCGAGCAGAGCAUGAGUCCAAAAUGGUCGAAGAGCUUCGAAGCGAAUUAACACGACGGGACAAGGAGUUGGAGCGGUUACGACAAUCUCUUGCUGAGGUACAGUCCCGUGGGGGGCCCAUCAAUGGCGCUCCCGGCGCCAAUGGCAGCGGCGGACCCGCAGUUAACAGCAAAACGCUCCAGCAGCAGAUCGCAGAUUUUGACAUCAUGAAGAAAUCGUUGAUGCGUGACCUUCAGAACCGGUGCGAGCGAGUGGUGGAGCUGGAGAUCUCCCUCGACGAGACUCGCGAGCAGUACAAGAACGUGCUUCAGUCUUCAAAUAACAGAGCACAGCAGAAAAAGAUGGCGUUCCUGGAGCGGAAUCUGGAGCAGCUGACGCACGUGCAGCGACAGCUGGUAGAGCAGAAUGGGAGUUUGAAGCGCGAGGUGGCUAUUGCGGAACGGAAGCUCAUUGCGCGCAAUGAGCGCAUUGAGAGUCUUGAGGGUCUUUUGCAGGAUAGUCAGGAGAAGCUUACUGCAGCCAAUCAUCGGUUCGAAGCACAACUCACCGGCCUCAAGGAACGUCUGGAAGCCGCAAAAGCAGGGUCAACACGUGGCCUCCCAUCCUCAGAGACAGGAACGUUCAGCUUUGGCGGCUCACGUAUAGCUAAGCCUCUCCGUGGCGGUGGUGGAGGUGUAGCUGACUCAAGCGGCGGGCUCGUGAACCCCACCCUUUCUGGGCUGCAGUUGCAGGACGCUUCCAGCUCCGGUUCAGGUUCGGGGGGAGGGAAGCGCACCAGUUGGUUCUUCGAUCGGCGAUGA